AUGCCGAAUAAUGGAAGCCCCCCAUCGGAGGAUACCCCAUGGCGCAAAGCCUUGACGCGAUCUGUUGCGUCGGCUGGAACGUGGUUUGUCACGGAAUAUCCCAAAUUGAUUUUUCAGCGACAGCAAGGCCAAGCCCAUCCCAUACAAUCCUCGAUUCAAAUCUACCGGCAAACUCCGUGGAACCAUCAUCUCCGAGGAGCUGUAUCGUCGGCCGCGCAGCGGGGAUCCUCGGCGUUCCUCAUGUUUUAUGGACAAGCCGCCAUUUCCAACGCCAUUUUUGGCACUACUACUAAUAGCAGCUGGCUGUCGUCGGGAUUGGCCGGGUUUCUAGGGGGUGGAGUAUCGGCCGUAGUGCACACGCUGUUUGAGCCCCUCAAAAUUCGCCAUGAUCAACGAUUGACCUGGUCCAUUUACAAGGCCAGUUUACGGCCCAUGAUGUGGCGUCAUGCCCUCUUUGAUGGAACCUUUUUUGCCACAACCUCGCUGUUACAAGAAUAUUCCUAUGCCACACAGUUUGGAGUCUCUGCAUUGGCUGCAUCGACCGUCAACUUGACGCACGAUGUCUGGAAGACACAAUUUAUUCGAGCGUUGCCCAAACGGGUGCGAUGGAUCACUGUCGUACAGGGCAUGACCAGCACGUGUUUUCGGCAACAGCUGGUCGUCAAGGCGGCUGAUCUAGGCUUCAAUUGGUGGGUGACAGGGCUGCUUUUUGCGGCUCUAUUUCAUCCUGCACACUAG